CCAUCCAACACAGUAUGCAGAGCAUCCUGACGGCACCAUGGGGUGCAUAGCUGUGUGUCUUGCCCUUCUAGCCCUGAUUGCAAGCUCCUGUGCCCAACCACCAUGUUCCCUGAUAACUCCAAACGUUUUCCAUGUGGGCAGUGAAGAAACAAUUGUAAUUGAUGCACAGGGGCAAAACAAAGCUUUUGAAGCAGACAUCUUAAUCCAGGAUUUCCCUCUGAAGAAAAGAAUUUUUAACCAAACCAAAUUGUCUCUGAAUAACGUCAAUGGUUUCCUGGGCACGGCCAAUAUAAAGAUUUCUGCCCAAGAAUUACAGAAUGACCCAAAAAAUAAGCAGUACGUCUAUAUCAUUGUGAAGGCUCCAGAGUGUCCUCUCAAUAAAGUGGUCCUAGUGUCAUUUCAAACUGGAUACAUCUUCAUACAAACAGAUAAGCCUCUUUACACACCCGGGUCUUCAGUUCUUUAUCGAAUUUUCAUCAUCGGACCGUCGCUGCUGCCUGAUUCCCGCAUUGUUGAUGUUGAGAUCAGUAAUCCAGAAGGUAUUGUGGUUUGGAAGGAUCCAUUCUCUGCUUUGGAUAAAAGUGGGAUUAUAUCAAAGAGUUACACACUUCCGGAGAUUGCAAAUGUUGGAACUUGGCAGAUUUCCUCCAAAUUUCAAGAUGUACCUCAAGAAAUAUUUCGAACUGAAUUUGAGGUGAAGGAAUAUGUGCUGCCAAGUUUCGAAGUGACACUGCAUAUGGAUCAGAACUUUUUCUAUAUAGACGACAAUGAAUUGUCCGUGAAUAUUAUGGCAAAGUUCUUGCAUGGAAAGCCGGUGGAAGGUUCUGGUCACGCAAUUUUCGGGGCUUUGAUUGACAAUGAAAAAAGGAGUAUCCCAGAAAGCUUGACCAAAAUAAAUGUGGUAAAUGGGAAAAGCAGAGUCACACUAGACCGUAAUGUUAUUAUGAGUCGAUUCCGUGAUCUGAACAUGCUUCUGGGAAAUUCAUUCUAUGUCAAAGUCACGGUCUUAACCAAUCAAGGAAGUGACCUGGUGGAAACUGAGAAGUCUGGAAUCCCUAUUGUGAAAUCAGCUUUUAAAUUUAUUUUUUCCAAGACUUCUAAAUACUUCAAGCCUGGUUUGCCUUACAUAUUAUUGAUGACUUUGCAGAAUCCUGAUGGAUCACCAGCAUCAGGUAUCAACGUUUGUGUAGUGGAUGGACAACAAUGUUCAAAAACCUUCACAGAUGGGACAGCUCAGUUUGUUCUAAACAAUAUUCAGAAUGUGGCAGAAAAGGAGCUCAAGGUCCUGACUAAAGAAGAACAUAUUCCAGAGCAUCGUCAGGCAACAGGCUCCUUCACCAUUCAGGCGUACAAACCACAAAGUGCGUCGGCGAAUUAUCUUCACAUCAAUGUUGCGGGAUCUCAGGCCAAAGCAGGAAACACUCUGCUCAUCAACUUCUACUUUAAGAACCCAAAUAAUGACAUCCAGAAUGGCAUCCAGCAUGUUACUUAUCUGAUUUUGAGCCGGGGGAGGAUCGUGGAAGUUGCCCGACAAGAACGCAAUGCAGGUCAAGCCUCCGUUGCAAAGACUCUGGUUGUCAAAGAAAAUUUCCUCCCUUCCUUCCGUAUUGUGGCAUAUUAUGUUGUUAGCUCAUCUAAUGAGAUUGUGGCUGACUCUGUGUGGGUGGAUGUAACAAAUUCCUGCAUAGGGAAAGUUGAAAUUUCCCAGGAAACCAAUAAUUUAUACAAUAAGCCAGAACCAGGAACUCCUAUUUCUCUGAAAAUUACAGGAGACCCAGGAGCAAAUAUAGGCUUGGUAGCUGUGGACAGGGCUGUGUAUGUCCUGAACAGCAAAAAUAGGCUGUCCCAAUCCAAGGUAUGGAAGCAGGUGGACCUGAGUGAUCUUGGCUGUAGUCCUGGAGGGGGAAGUGAUAAUAUUGGGGUCUUUACAGAUGCUGGACUUUCCAUAGAUACCACUAAAGGUCUCAAAACAUCUGUACGUUCCGAGUUACGAUGCGUUGAAGCUCAGAGAUCACGACGUUCUGCGACAGUUUCUGGACUUAAAGCCAAGUUAGUGAAAGAAUAUGUUGAUGACCGUCUGCGUCAGUGCUGCGUGGAUGGGAUGGAGGAGAAUCCCAUGAAAUAUACCUGUCAGAGACGUGCGCAGUAUGUGUUGGAGAGUGAAGAUUGCAUUGCUGAAUUCAUAAAGUGCUGCAAGCAAAUCUAUGAGCCAGAAGUACCCAAGAGAGGCACACGGCCAAGAUAUUCAAAAAAAGGGUCUGAGACGUGGGCGCUUCACGUCAACCGUGACACUGGUGUGAUGUCCAGAGUCAGUGCAAGAACCAGAGUUUGCUGCAACAAAAUGGACGCUAAAAUGUCACACAGCACCAGAAUAAGUGACCAGACACUGGUUAGAGCCUUUCAUCAUGCAAGUGUUACGAACACUGGAGCAGUUGAGAAGCAAGAAGAUAAUGACGAAUACAUUGAAAUGAAGAAUAUCAUAUCCCGAAGCACCUUUUCUGAGAGCUGGCUGUGGAAGGUAGAAACUCUUCCCUCAAAAGCCAAUCGCGAUGGAUAUUCAUCCAAGAUUGUUAAAACCGCCCUUCCAGAUUCCAUUACCACUUGGGAAUUUUUGGCAAUUGGCAUGUCCCCUACUACAGGGAUCUGUGUUGCACCAUCCUUUAACCUCAUAGUCAAAAAAGACUUUUUUAUCGACUUGCGACUUCCUUAUUCUGUUGUCCGUAAUGAGCAGGUGGAGAUUCGAGUGGUCCUAUACAGCUAUGUCAAUGACCCUAUUGAGGUGCUUGUGGAUCUCAUGUACAAUGAGGAGAUGUGCAGCUCAUCAACAAGAGAGGAAAACUUCCGUCAGAUAGUAACUCUGGAGCCAGAGGGAUCUAUCGUUAUUCCAUUUGUCAUUGUACCUCUCAAAAUUGGAGAGUUGCAGGUGGAAGUGAGGGCACUGGUCAGAGAUAUAUUCUACAGCGAUGGUGUGAUAAAGAAACUAAAGAUUGUGCCCGAAGGGAUUAGAAUCAUGAAAACCAUCCAGAGUGUUGUAUUGGACCCAUUACGUUCUGAGGCCGGAGUUCAGAUACUGACCAUCGACCCUGUCCCUCAGAACGAUAUUGUUCCCAACAGUGAACCUGUGACAUUUGUCAGCGUGAAAGGUGACCUUCUGGGGGAAACAUUGGGCAAUUCCAUUGACGGUUCCAAUCUUAACCACCUAAUCAUGGUGCCUGCUGGAUGUGGAGAGCAGAAUAUGAUGACAAUGACCCCCAGUGUGAUCGCCACCCGAUACCUUGAUAUCACUGGCCAAUGGGAGAAAGUUGGACUAAAUCGUAGAGAAGAAGCCAUUAAAACCAUUAACCAGGGAUAUGUUCAGCAGUUGGUAUAUCGAAAAAAUGACAACUCUUAUUCUGCCUUUACUAAUAGACCAGCCAGUACCUGGCUCACAGCAUAUGUAGUUAAGAUUUUUUCUAUGGCAUUUGAGUUGGUACAUAUUGAAAAAAGUGUCCUAUGUGGGGCUGUACGGUGGCUAAUUGAGGAGAAACAACUACCUAACGGAGCUUUCAAAGAGGACGCACCGGUCAUUCAUGGUGAGAUGGUGGGAGGAUCUGGCAGAACUGAUCCCGAUGCUUCUCUCACGGCAUUUGUCCUGAUUGGCAUUUCGGAGGCACAAAAAAUCUGUAACUCGGAAGUCAGUAUCCUGGCUAACAGUGUGACUAAAAGUGCAGAGUAUUUAGAGGGUAGGAUAAAGACUCUAAAAAAGCCAUAUACCGUGUGCAUUGUGUCCUAUGCUCUCGCUCUUGUCGGAAAGCUCCCGGACCACGUCCAGCUAAUUAAAGUUUCAGAUGAUUCCACCCACUGGGCUGAAACCUCUUCUGAUCUCUAUUCUAUUGAAGCCACAUCAUAUGGCUUGCUUGCCUUUCUCAAGCUCGGCCUCUAUCACCUGGCUGCACCGGUUGCUCGUUGGCUGACAGAACAGAGGUUUUAUGGUGGAGGAUACGGCUCCACACAGGCCACAAUAAUGGUGUUUCAAGCCCUAUCAGAAUACCAGGCUCACACCCCCCUAAUGAAUGACAUAGAAAUGGACGUGACACUCACUUUGCCUGGGAGAAGGGUUCCUGUAAACUUCAGGGUCGAUACGAAGAAUGCUAUGCUCCAGCGCAGUGAGAUGAUGUCGAUGACAGGCAAGAUUAAUGUUUUGGCGAAAGGAAGAGGACAGGGCACUCUCACGGUCAUGUCUGUGUAUUAUGCUCCAAUGGCCGAGGGAGCUGUUCCUUGCAGGAACUUUGAGUUCACUGUAACCCUUGAGGAUGCACCAAAUGCAACAAAGCCAGAAGGGGCCCUGAGAUCCAUGUACAUCAAUAUCUGUAUGAAGUUCCUUGGAAUCAUAGAUUCUACAAUGACUAUUGUGGACUUAUCAUUGCUCACUGGAUUUAAACCAGACAUGGAAGAUCUCAAAAAGUUGACCAACAGGGUUGACAGAUAUAUCUCAAAGUUUGAGAUGGACACAGAACUGUCGGAUCGAGGGUCUCUCAUUAUUUAUUUAGAUAAGGUGUCCAGAUCGGAACAUGAAUGCCUCAGGUUCAAGAUUCACCAACAUUUCGAGGUUGGAAUUCUUCAGCCAGCGGCAGUCACCGUCUAUGAAUACUAUUCCCUUGAAAACCGAUGUACAAAGUUCUACCACCCAACAGAGGAGCAGGGAGAAAUUCGGAAAAUCUGUAGAGGAGCUGAAUGUCACUGCAUGGCAGAACGAUGCAAUUUAAAGAACGUCCACAGAGAGAAACUAGAUUAUAAAGCUCGAAUGGAAGCUGCUUGCAUGGCCGGAGUGGAUUACGUAUAUGAGACCAAACUGGAGAAAACAGACACAACGGGAGCCUAUGACAUCUAUACAAUGAUCAUAACCACCGUCAUCAAACUAGGUACAGAUGAAUUAAAAGAAGGCAGCAGGAGAGACUUUUUCAGUCAUCGGGGCUGCAGAGACUCCUUGAAAUUGAACCUUGGUCGUACCUACAUUCUAUGGGGGCGCAGUGAGGAUAUAUGGGAAAUGAAAAAUCAGAAAUCCUAUGUAAUCAAUGGCGGGACUUGGAUUGAGGAAAUACCAACGAAUGAAGAAUGUGCAAAGUCAAAAUCGAACUACUGUGAAGAAAUCUUCAAGUUCAGUGACACGUUGGUCCUGACUGGUUGCAUGACCUAAGUGCUGCUAUGUUAAAUCGGAUGUUGGUCAUUCUACAGCUUGGAUCAUGCAUUAAAUCCCACAGUCACAUAGUGAUCUUUUAUUUCAUGGCACGGGCAAACCUGCCCAAUGAGGUUUAAAGAAUGAAACAUGAGACAUUGUAUGUAGCGAUCAUACUUGUAUAUAACUUUAUAUUUUAGAAUAACGUGCGAUUAGCACAGAAUAAAUGGGGAGCGGUGAUUGUACAGGCAAAGUGCUCUCUGUUAUAUUGCGGAAAUGGAUGACAUUCUUUUAAGAACCUGAAGUUGUCUGUAAUCCAGACUUAAACCAGAUCAAACCACUUGUGCUUUAUUUUUACUCUAUAAAUAAACUCUUAGUUUACCAA